AUGGCGAACACAUUAGAAGAGCCUACUGGCGAGUACCGCCAAUACCUGCCCGACCUCAACCUGGAGCGCUUCCAGGUGAUGUGCCAGCAGGAUGCGCAUGAGUACGCGCAUGCAUUCAAGACUGGACACCAGCCGCCAUGGCUUCAUGCGCUGUAUAUGCAUUGGUUAGAGCUGUUACAAGAGCCAUUCAAGGGCGUGACGACCGAUGGAAAUGUCCGCCCGGGUCUAUUCACAUUACAAGAAGAAGACGUCCCAAUCCAGCAGAUUGUCGACGCAACAGAAGCAGUAACAGCUCUGCUAGACGACAAGCAAAAAGAAGCAAUAAACUACCAUAUCGACUCCCCGCAAUGGCGCACAUGGUCAAACCCAGAGUUCCUACUUGCGCACAAGGGCAUCCGUCUCGACGAAGUGACCUCGCAAAUCCGCGACGCAGUCAUGAACGUUCUCAAGACCACCCUCUCCCCAGAAGGCUACGACAAAGCCGUCAGCGCAAUGCGCAUCAACCACUUCCUCGGCGAACUAGUCAAGUCACCCGCCGUGAUGAACGAAUUCUCCUACAACUUCGUUCUCUUCGGCCGCCCCUCUACCACCAGACCCUGGGGCUGGUCUUUCUACGGGCACCACCUCUGCCUAAACAUCUUCCUGUACAAGGGCCAGAUCGUCGCCUCGCCGUGGUUCACCGGUGCCGAGCCAAACGAGAUCGACGCGGGUCCUCACGCUGGCACGCGCAUCAUGCAACUGGAAGAAAAGCUCGGGCUGGAUCUCAUGCAGUCGCUUUCUGCGGAGCUGCAGGCUUCCGCGCGUGUCUUUGCCCAGAUGAAGGACCCCGCCAUGCCGCCCGGUCGCUGGAAUAAAGAUGACCAGCGUCAUCUGUGCGGCGCGUACCGGGAUAACCGGGAAGUGCCGUAUGAGGGGAUCCUUGCGUCGACGUUUAAUGCCGCGCAGAAGGAGCUGAUGUAUGGUAUUCUCGAGCAGUACCUUCUUUACCUGCCUGCUAAGUCGCGGGCGAUGAAGAUCGAUCAGGUGCGCGCUUAUGAGAAUGAGACAUACUUCUGUUGGAUCGGGGGGUAUGGGGAUGAAGAUCCGUUCUAUUAUCGGAUUCAGAGUCCGGUGAUUCUUGUUGAGUUUGAUCACCAUUCCGGGGUGUUUUUGAAUAAUGAGGAGCCGAAGAAAUUCCACAUUCAUACUCUUCUUCGGACACCGAAUGGGGGUGAUUAUGGUCAGGCGCUGCGCCCGCAGAUUCCGGCUGUUGAGGGAUUGAAUGGCAAGGAAAUUAUUUGGUAG